CCGCUCAGACUCGAGGAAGAAAGCAGUCACCAGUCACGAGAAUGGUUUCAUGGCAGCGCCAAACACGCGGGGGCGUGCCCCACAACGCGCUGUGGGCGGGGCUGGACGCCGACGGCUCCAACAUCUACGUGGGGCGCGCGAUGCACGAGCGAGACCUGCUGCCGGGGAAGGUGCUGUGCAACUGGCAGUCCGUGGCGUGGCAGCAGAGUUCGGGCGGGCACGUGCCGCCCAGGGCCAUCGUGGGCGGCCACACCGCCAACGGCGAGCGCCUCUACAUCGGACGCGUCUUGCACAACGGCGCGCUCACGCCCGGAAAGGUUCAUGGAAGUCAUCGGAAAUGCUACAUCCCAUUUGGAGGAAGAGAGCUCGCCUUCGACCGAUACGAGGUUCUCAUUUCUGUGUAACUGGUUCGCGAGAUGCAGGUUGCGAACAUUGAAAGGAAGCAGAGUAUACUUUUGGAAGGAGAAGCAGCACUUCGUAUAAGUCUGUAUUUCUAAACCCUGUGGAUGUACAUUUUUAUUUUAUUUGAGUAAAAAACUUUACUUUUGUUUGUUA